CUCUCCCAUUCUCAUCAAUCCAAUAACGGUGAGAGGGAGAAAGAGAGAGAUAUGGAAGGCUCAUCUUCAAGUUAUGUUCUUACAACCCUUCUCAUUCUACUGGCCUUCACCUCUUACGUGAGCUUGGCUUCCGGUGCUGUGGCCGGAAAUUCAAGCUCCGAGUUCAUCAGAAAAUCUUGUACAGUGACAAUCUAUCCAAAACUUUGUUUCACCUCACUCUCACGCCAUACAAGUGCUAUCCAAACAAGCCCUGAGCGCCUAGCAUAUACAGCACUCUCCGUGACCCUCGACGCUGCCAAUUAUACGUCCAGCGUGAUGAAAAAACUGUCACGAAGGCACGGCAUGAAGCCUAGAGAGGUCGGGGCCAUGGAUGACUGUGUGGAGUUGUUAAGUGCCUCCGUAGACCUACUGAGAGAAUCUCUGGGAGAGAUGAAUCAAACUAAGGAGCCAAACUUUGAGCGAAUGAUGAGUGACAUAAAGACUUGGGUCAGUGCCGCUUUGACGGACGACGACACGUGCAUGGAUGGGUUCCCCGAGCAAGCCAUGGACGGGAACUUGAAGACUGUUGUGAAGCGUCGGGUCCUGAAAAUUGCGCAAUUGACUAGCAAUGCUUUGGCUUUGAUCAAUAAUUAUGCUUCUCUCCAUUACUAGCUCAAGGAUACUAUUAUUAUUAUAUAUAUAUAUAUUUAUUCUGAAUGGUAAAGCAAAUGUACACUCAUUCUCUCCUCUUUGAGAAUUGAGAAGUUAAACCGUUAAGCCAAAUACCUUUGGUAUAAGGAUGGUAGGUUAAGUGGUUGUUAAUGUUUGCACCUUAUUGGUCACUGGCAAGUGUAUGAAAAGAUAUUGUAUAAUUUCUAAGUUAUGUACUGUAUUGGAGAAAUUGUGUGCAUGAAUAUUUAUAUAAUUGUUGUGAUUUUGUUUCUA